GGGAAGGUAUCCUAGCGGCAUAUUUCGUUGUUAGCCCCAUCCCUCAUCCCGGUGAGGCUUGGAACUUUCCAUCAAUUCUUUCCUGUCUCAUUUCUCUUUGAGCUUUGCCUGGCUGUGCCUGUCACAGAGAGAAAUCAGUCACCCGCAGGCUUUCCAGCGCUCUUAGGCUCUGGGAAAUUUGUCAUACGGGUGUCAGGUAUUUCUUAUUGCUGUCCAAAAAAAAAAAAAAAAAAAAAGUGAGAUAAAGAACUCUCCCAGAGUCUUUCCGGCUGCACUCAGGGGCUCUCGAGAGGUGCAGAAGGAUCUGGAAAAGCAGCAUUAAAACAGCUAAAUAAAAGAUGCCCUGGGGCCGAAGGCCAACCUGGCUGUCGCUCGCCUUCCUGCCAGUGUUUUUAAAGAUUAGUGUACUCAGCGUCCCAGCACGGCAGACCGGGAACUGUCAGCCAGGUCCACUCGAGAGAAGCGGGACUUCCAUGUGUGCCGGUCCUGCCCCCUUCCUAAUUUUCUCACAAGGAAACAACAUCUCUCGGAUUGACCCAGAUGGAACAAAUCACCAGCAGUUGGUGGUGGAUGCUGGUACCUCAGUGCUCAUGGAUUUUCAUUAUAAGGAAGAGAGACUCUAUUGGGUGGAUUUAGAAAGACAACAUUUGCAAAGAGUUCUCCUUAAUGGGUCAAGACAAGAGACAGUGUGCAAUGUAGAGAAGACUGUUUCUGGGAUGGCCAUAAACUGGAUCGAUGACGAGGUCCUCUGGGCAGACCAACAGAACGGAGUCAUCACUGUAACAGACAUGAAAGGGAACGAUUCCCGAGUUCUUCUGAGGUCCUUAAAACAUCCGGCAAAUAUAGCAGUGGAUCCAAUAGAGAGGUUGAUAUUUUGGUCUUCAGAGAUGGCUGGCAGCCUUCACAGAGCAGAUCUCAGUGGUGUAGAAGUAAAAACACUGCUGCAGACACCAGAGCGGAUAUCGGUGCUGACUCUGGAUGUCCUGGACAAAAGGCUCUUUUGGGUUCAGGACAGUGGAGAAGGAAGUCCUGCUUACAUUCAUUCCUGUGAUUACAAUGGUGGCUCCAUCCAUCUUACCAGACAUCAAGCACAGCACAGUUUGUUUACAAUGGCCCUUUUUGGUGACCGGAUCUUCUACUCAGCAUUGAAAGAGAAGGCAAUUUGGAUAGCCAACAAACACACCGGCAAGGACACCGUUAAGAUUAACCUCAAUCCAUCCUUUGUGCCACCUGGAGCACUGAAGAUAGUACACCCACGUGCACAGCCCGGGACAGAGGACGGUGCUCAGGGCUCUGACUCCGAACGUUGCGAACAGAAGAGAGGACCAUGCCGCUUCGGUAUCUGUGAGCGAGACCACAAGUCCCACUCCUGCGCAUGCGCUGAGGGCUUCACGUUAAGCCGAGACCGGAAGUCCUGCGAAGAUGUCAAUGAGUGUGCCUUUCAGAAUCAUGGCUGUACUCUUGGGUGUGAAAACACCCCUGGAUCCUAUUACUGCACGUGUCCAGCAGGAUUUGUUCUGCUUCCUGAUGGGAAACAAUGUCACGAACGUGUUUCCUGCCUGGACAAUGUAUCAGAGUGCAGCCAUGACUGUGUCCUGACAUCAGAUGGUCCCCAGUGCAUCUGUCCCGCAGGCUCAGUGCUCAGGGCAGAUGGGAAGACAUGCACUGGUUGUUCAUCGCCUGAUAAUGGCGGAUGCAGCCAGAUCUGUCUUCCACUCAGCCCAGUAUCCUGGAAAUGUGGUUGCUCUCCUGGGUAUGACCUACGAUCGGACCAAAAGAGCUGUGCAGCUUCAGGACCACAGCCAUUUUUACUUUUUGCAAACUCCCAGGACAUCCGACACAUGCAUUUUGAUGGAACAGACUACAAAACUCUGCUCAGCCGGCAGAUGGGAAUGGUUUUUGCCUUGGAUUAUGACCCUGUGGAAAGCAAGAUAUAUUUUGCACAAACAGCCCUGAAGUGGAUAGAGAGGGUUAAUAUGGACGGCUCCCAGCGAGAAAGACUGAUCACAGAAGGAGUAGACACACCAGAAGGCCUUGCCGUGGACUGGAUUGGCCGGAGAAUCUACUGGACAGACAGUGGGAAGUCUGUCAUUGGAGGGAGUGAUUUGAACGGGAAGCAUCAUCAAAUAAUCAUCCAAGAGAGAGUCUCAAGGCCACGGGGAAUAGCUGUGCAUCCAAAGGCCAGGAGACUCUUCUGGACGGACACAGGGAUGUCUCCACGGAUUGAAAGCUCUUCCCUUCAAGGCUCUGGGCGGAUGCUGAUAGUCAGCUCUAAUCUGCUGGAACCCAGUGGAAUCACGAUUGACUACUUAACAGACACUCUGUACUGGUGUGACACCAAGCAGUCUGUGAUUGAAAUGGCCAAUCUGGAUGGUUCCAAUCGCCGAAGACUUACCCAGAAUGAUGUAGGUCACCCCUUUGCUCUAGCCGUGUUUGAGGAUCACGUGUGGUUCUCGGAUUGGGCUAUCCCAUCGGUAAUAAGGGUGAACAAGAGGACUGGUCAAAACAGGGUACGUCUCCAAGGCAGCAUGCUGAAGCCCUCGUCACUGGUUGUGGUCCAUCCAUUGGCAAAACCAGGUGAAAAUGCUGAUCUUAGUACAGAGGUGACAUCACUGAACAGCUCCACUAAGGCUGAAGCACCAGACAAUGAUGGGACAGAACCCUCCACACUAGUGGCUGAAAUCAUGGUGUCAGGGACAAACUAUGAAGAUGACUGUGGCCCUGGGGGGUGUGGCAGCCACGCUCGCUGUGUCUCAGACGGAGAGACUGCUGUGUGUCAGUGUUUGAAAGGAUUUGCCAGGAAUGGAAACGUGUGUUCUGAUAUAGAUGAGUGUGAGCUGGCUAGCUCAGACUGUCCCACCACCUCAUCCAAGUGCAUCAACACUGAAGGUGGCUAUGUCUGCAGAUGCUCAGAAGGCUACGCAGGAGACGGGACCUACUGUCUCGAUAUUGAUGAGUGCCAUCAGGGGACGCACAACUGCGGCAAGAAUGCCAUCUGCACCAACACGGAGGGAGGCUACAACUGCACCUGCCCAGGCCGCCCAUCAGCACCUGGACUGGCUUGCCCUCACUCUAUCUCACUCCCUUCCUUUGAGGAAGAUGGCCACCAUUUGGACCGAAAUAGUUACCCAGAAUGCCCACCGUCGUACAAUGGAUACUGCCUCCAUGGUGGCGUGUGCAUAUAUAUUGAACCAGUGGACAAAGUCGCAUGCCGCUGUGUCGUUGGCUAUAUUGGGGACCGAUGUCAGUACCGAGACUUACAAUGGUGGGAGCUGCGUCAUGCUAGCCACGGGCAGAAGCGUGACGUCACGGUGGUGGCUGUCUGCGUGGUGGCGCUGGUCCUGCUAGUCCUCCUGGGGAUGUGGGGGACCUACUACUACAGGACUCAAAAGCAGCCAUCAAAACCCCCAAAGAACCCUCAUGAAGAGUCAAACAGAAGCAUGAGCAGCAGCGGGCCGGAGAGCAGCGGGGCUGGCGGGGCUUCUUGUCCCCAACCUUGGUUUGUGGUCCUAGAGGAACACCAAGAGCCCAAGAAUGGGAGUCUGCCUGCAGUGAACAGCACCGUAGUAGAUGCUGGCCUGUCUUCCUCCCUGCAGCCCGGGUCAGCACGUCUGACGUCAUAGAGACAGAAGCCCCCAGCGUAAAUGGAAUGGGCACGGGGCAAAGCUGCUGGAUUCCACCACCAAGUGACAAAGGACCCCAAGAAAUGGGGAGAAACUCCCACUUACCCUCCUCCAGGAAUUAUCCUCUAGCUGUGGGGGCUGAGAAGCUAAAUUCUCUCCAAUCAGCUAAUGGAUCAUGUAAACAAAGGGCUCCAGACCUGCCAUAGCAAACAGAGCCAGUUCAGUAGAAACUGGGAGUAGACAGAAGGUACAGAAGGGGAAUAACAAACCAGGCUGAUGGAUGGCAGAAUGAAUGCUACAGAUUUGGUAUUCCAGUCUCCACGGCUAAUCACUGCUCAGGGUCCCGAAGAGAGCUGCAGAGCUGCGACUUGUGCUUCUUGCUUUGCUUUUAGCAGUCCCACUGAAGAUGUUCAAAAGAGAAGUGGAGAAAAUCAUUAGAAACCAAAGUCAGGACAUUCCCAACUAAGCCGUGUCUUCUUCACUGGAUGGUUGGCCUCUCUCCUUUGGUGCCUGAGAAGAAAUGAGUUAAAGCAGGUGAUCACGUGCUCUGUCAACUGCAAAAUAAGUCAUAUGAUCUACAUAGAGGUCUUAGCUCAAUCUCAUGGAAUGCUUGGAACACUAUGACUAUUGCUAAGAUACACUACAAGUGGGACCCGGGCUCAUAAUUUUGCCUUCUGAAUUGUGAUAAAUUAGUAAAAAUAACUGUAACUUAGAAUCUCAUUUAUUCAGAAUUAGAUCAUUUAUUUUUAUAUCUUAAAAAUCUUUGAAUGAAAAUAUUUAAUUGUAAAAACAUUUCCUAAGAGAUGAUGGUGUUUCUUAAUAAUGAUUAAGAGUAAUGAUUCUUUUCUUCUUGAAGUCUUUCCCAGUGAAAACGGUAAAUUCUGCUGUUUCCCUAGAUUUUUUAAUUUAUUUUAAGACAUGAGAUUGUAAACAAAUUGCUUGAUUUAUUUUCAUCAUUUUAUCCUAAUUAUUUAAAUAAAAUCACCCUAAAGCAUCAGCA